GUGUUCUGUGUCAUUCUAGAAGAAGAAAAAUAAGGAGACAAAAGAGGACCUUUGUCUCUGUGUUUAACACUCCAUGCGGCUAUGAUGAGGUCAGUGUUGCUACCCAGGCUAACCUCACACAUCCUGUCCUGCACCAGAGGAUCAUGUCUACUAACAAGUCGGAUAUCUCAUGGUGUGCAGCCUCGCUCACCGGGGCACACACCCAUCCAACAGAGCCUUUAUGAACCCAUUAUACCUAAAAUCACAGCCCUGGUCAGGUACUCGGACUUGUCCAGGCAGAAGUACAAUGUGAUUUAUACCCUUCCGCACAUUAAGCUCCUCAGUGCCUUGUCCAGGCUAAAACUACUCCAAACUGGAAUCACUAUGAUCAUCCUGCCCCCAGUGUACGUCUUCUACCUCCAGGGAGACAUCCCUUUCUUUCUUGUUGGCUACACAACCGGAAUAGCACUGUUCGCUGGCGUCAUGCUAUACACUGCUAGUCAUUUCCUCAGGAGGGUGGUGGGGAUGAUGUACCUGGACCCGUCUCAGACUACACUCAAAGUGUCCCACCUUACCUUCUGGGGCAGGCGGCAUGAUAUCUACCUCCCUGUGUCAGAUGUUAUGACCAUUGGAGAUACAGGGGACUCCCCAAACGAGACGAUAUUUAAACUGAAGAGAUACAGCAGCCCCCAGACACUGUAUUUCUCUACUCAUUUUGGACGUGUGGUGGAUAAACAGGGUUUUGAGAAGGUGUUUGGAAGUUUAAGGUGAUGAAUUAUUGUUAAAAGUGCAAAUUAUUAUGUUCCAAAUGCAGCCUUGCUAUGAUGAGAUGGGCCUGUUCUCCAUGAAAGAUGGUAUCAAUCAGAGUUAAAGAUAUUACAGUGAUCCACAGACUGUAGUUAAUAUAAUUUCUUCAGUAAAUAUAGCUGUUAUCAGUUGAUAUGAUGUGUCCACUGUGAAUACAUUGUUUCAGCUCGUGAUUGAAAAAUAAGGAUUCAUGGCCGCAGCAGGACUUUGGCGUCUAGUUUGGAACAACAUGCUGAAUGACCAGUGUCGGCAGUAAUAUAUAAAGAGAAUUCAAAAUA